CUGCGGAUAGAGCUCACUUAUCAGUUUCUACACAAAACAAACAUUUCGAAACUUUAUGAUGCGGUGACGGCCGUGUGACAAGUGAUGCGUGUGGAAUUUACCAUAUGGUUUCAGAGGUGUGAGUGAGUCAGUCACAACAAUGAGUCAGACUGCUGAUGUUAAUGCAAAAAAAAAAGAAAAAAAGAAGAAGAAGAGCGGCUAAAAUUCCAUCCAUCAAAAAAGUGACUGUCUGCACUUGGACAAUGACACCAACUCUUCUAUUGUGGAUCUUCAUCCUAAAUGCCUCGCUCAAGCCCUCAGAGAGCCAUGGAAAUGGGUUCGAGGAGGUGAAGGACUACGAGGUGGUUCGACCCGUCAGACUUCACUCAGUCAGAAAACGACAAGCAGACGUAUAUUUUUCUGUUUCUCACAUUUUAGUUCCCUCAGACCAGAGACUAUUAAGUAUGCAAUGAAGGUGGGAGGAAAGCACCUUGAAAUGCAACUACAAAAAAAUGAUGAAUUACUCACCAAAGACUACACGGAAACAUACUACCAAGACGAUGGGACUGAAGUCACCAAAACCCCAAAUGACAUUGAUCACUGCUACUAUCACGGGAAGAUUGUCAACGACAGCAGGUCGUCUGCCAGCAUCAGCACUUGUGAUGGACUUAGGGGUUACUUCAGAACAUCUGCCCAGAGGUACCUGAUUGAGCCCCUGUCUGGCGAUGACGAGGGGGAUCACGCAGUGACGACUUUCAAUGAGACGAACUUCACACCUGCGGUUUGUGGCGUCACCAACACCAGCUGGAGUGACGACCUUGAACCCCCAACCGGCCGCAGCCGCUCCAGAUCAGCGGGAAAGUCUAUCGUCUACCAACAGAAAUACAUUGAGCUCUUCCUUGUUGCUGAUAACCGUGCGUAUGUGAAGAUGAAGCGUGAUCGGACAGAGCUGAGAAAGAGGAUAUUUGAAAUGGUCAACUUUGUCAACAUGGCCUAUAAACCCCUGAGGACCUUCAUUGCUCUGGUGGGGCUAGAGAUCUGGACCAACAAUGACUUGAUCUCUGUGACCCCCCCGGCCGGGGCCAAUCUGGACGCUUUCAUGAAGUGGAGGAACUCUGAUUUGGUCAAGAAGAAGAAGCAUGACAAUGCACAUCUUAUCAGUGGUAUUGACUUUGAAGGAUCAACUGUGGGGCUGGCUUUCAUUGGGACUCUUUGCACUGAUAACUCUGUUGGGGUCGUACAGGAUCACAAUGACCGCGCCAUUGCUGUGGGAGCUACACUGGCUCAUGAGAUGGGCCACAACCUGGGCAUGGACCACGAUGACUCCAGUGCCUGUGCUUGUUCUGGGGAUAGCUGCAUCAUGGCUGCAGCCCUCAGCUGGAACAUCCCUCGGACCUUCAGUAGCUGCAGCAGCAGCAACUAUGAAAGAUACCUGACGAGCCGCAGCCCCAGCUGUCUGCUGGACAAACCGGACUACAGCAGCUUGGAGACUCCUGCAGUCUGCGGGAACGGCUUCGUGGAGAAAGGAGAGCAGUGUGACUGUGGCACUGUGGAGGAGUGCACCAACCCAUGUUGCAACGCCACCACCUGCGCUCUGACAAAGGGGUCAGAGUGUGGUUACGGCGAGUGCUGUGAGGACUGUAAGAUCUCCUCUCGCUCCAGGGAGUGCCGCAGUAAGCAGGACGACUGCGAUCUGGCAGAGUACUGUGACGGGACGAGCUCCACCUGUCCUGAGGACAUGUUCGCUGUGAAUGGCCUCCCAUGUGAUAAAGGCCUGGGAUACUGCUACAACGGCCAGUGUCCGCAGAGGUCAAACCAGUGUGUCAGGCUGUAUGGAUCAAGUGCUAUAGAGGCGCAGUCGUACUGCUAUAACUACAACACCAGAGGAACCUACUACGCCUUCUGCUCACGUCCGUCAAACGACAAAUACGUCCCCUGCCAGCGAGAAGACAUCUUUUGUGGGAAGCUCUUCUGCCACAACGGUAAUGAAAACCCAAACUACGGCCGCAUGGUGAAGAUCAAUGACUGCAAGGCAGCUUUUUUUGGAGAAUACACUAAAGACUUCGGCCAGGUGGACACUGGGACUAUAUGUGGGAUGGGAAAGGUGUGCAGCCAGAAUCAGUGUGUGGAUCUUCACACAGCGUACAGAAACACAAACUGUUCUUCCAAAUGCCAAGGCAAUGCUGUGUGCAACCACAGAAGCGAGUGUCAGUGUGAACCUGGGUGGAUGCCUCCGUACUGCACUUCAAAGGAUGGAGCUUUCAAUUCCGUUUCUACUGGAACAGCUGUCGCCAUCUCACUGACAGUUAUACUAGUGGUUGUCGGGAUCAUCGCCGGUGUGGUGGGGUUGAUGUGGAAGAAACGACAAAGUCCCAUGUUGUCAACAGCGCACAACCAGAGGAAGCCGCCGGCGGUGAACAGGUCAGCUCCUGGUCAGCCCAGGCCGGCGCCACAGAUUGGAAGGCCCAAGCCCAAAGGACCUCCACCUCCACCACCUCCAGCAGGGAACAGACCUAAACCCCCGAGCCAGAACUACAUAGCUGCUCGCCAGGCUCUGAGGCCAACACCUCCACCGGUGGUCUGAUACCUAUAAGUAAACGUGGAGAGACUCACCUCUGUCCACUGUCCCAGGCAAGAGGCGACUGGCAAGUUUUUAUGAAAGGCUUCCUGUCCUGUUUCCUCUGCAGCUUCCUCACUGCAGCGCUGUGUGAAGAACUCGGUGUGUCUGUACCUGCAGACUGCCGGUGGGACAAACUGGACGCUAAAUCAUUACUAUGGCGACUGUGGACUUGUUAUUGCUGGAUGUACUUAUUGUUUUUAAGGCACUUUUUUAUGCUUAGGGUGAGAGUUAGUGCAGGGAGGAAACAGCUCUGACCCUGAAUUCGAGCCAUAUCAUUUUAUACAUGUUCUUUUAUUUGUAACAGGAAUGGUAUAGAUUAUUGCACAAGACUGGAUUUAUUUGUCAAACUGUAUUCAGCAGCUGCAGAGGUUUCAUAUUUUAUGUUGCUUGUUUUAAAAAAUGUUUUGAAUGAAUUGUUUUGACAGAUUUUGACGUGAUGGUCUAAAAUUUCUGGUCCAUUUCUGGUUAUGUAAUAGAAAAUGCUAAUUUAGAUGACAGUCAGAAACACUGAUUACCCAGCCACUCCAAAGCUUUUAUAGCAUGCUACCUGCAGCAUUUUUAGUCCAAUCUCAAGCAAGUUUUUCAAUGAAAAUGUUGUAAAAUGAGGAAAUAAAAGAGAUGAAUAGGAAAGUGUAGGUGAUUUUUAGUCAUGUGUUCGUGUGUCUCUGCUGAGCGCCCACAGACCCUCCUGUAAAUGUUUAUUAAAAACAGGCCCGAUUAAGUUUAUAUUCGCUAAGUUAGUCAUCAUGACUCUUGUGUUGUGUUGUGUUGUGUUGUGUUGUGUUGUGUUGUGAGGGGGAUUCACUCACUGUAGGUUGGGUUGUUUCUCUUUGUCAUCUCUAAUUUGUUUUAUGUAAAUAGAUUUUUUUACGAAGAAACUUUGUUAUGCUGCUGCUUCUCUAAAAGGAGUUCACUGUGUGAACAUGAACAUAACGUGAAAAAAAUUAUAUGAGCUAAAUAUCCAGGUUUCACAUUUAGUACUCAGUGAAAAUAUGAUGGUGUUUUUCUGUGCUGCAAGGCUAAAGCAGCAGAAAUGUUGUAGCAUUACUAACCACAAUCUUGUGAACAGUGACAGGACAACAAGCAGCCAGAUAUCAUAUUAUUAUAAAUGUUCCAAUUAAACAAAUAUCUGAAAAACAGAACAAUAUGUUCUUGUGUUGUGUGAAAGGAUCCAGGUGGUAAUAAUCUUGAUGUUAGAAAGUCUAUGACUGAAUAAAUAUCACUCUGCUCAGUUUUGGAUGUGUCAUUGAAAAAGUUUGUAAAUGAUGAGUCAAUGUAAAUUAAUACUGAGGAAUAAAUGUGUAUUUUAUACAAAUGCUGCAAAUGGAUUGUGUGGAAAAAAAAGACAAACUGAUGCUAGACGUGAAAACCACUUAUCUCAAAGCUGCAUCUUUUUUCUUUUUUUUUUUAAUAUAUAUAUUUUGGCCUCUUGGGGGCAGCAGAACAAGCUGUAAACACAACAUUAACAUUGCAGUAUUAUCACUUUUGUAAAGAAGUUACAAAAUUCAGAGAACUUUGUUUGGAGCCACUGAAAUCCUGAAUUUCCUGAUGCAAAUUUAAGUGAAAUAACAAGAAACAACAUCCAAGAUGAGUCCAAAAAGGAAGGAAAAGGGGGGGGGAGACACUGUAUUUGAAUUUUAUUAUUUUCUUUCAAGUGCUACAGCUACGUAAAAGAUUUCAUGGCCUCGCCUGACAAGUACGGUACAUUUGUUUUCACCCCUUUUUACAGCUAUUUUAAGAUUUACAUUUUGCAAAAUGUGUAUAGGACCUGACAGGAGGUCAGUAUAUUGUAUGGCUCAGCCAAUGAAGUCUGACCUUUAAAACAAACUUUUAGCAUCACAGUUAUGAAUGUAAACCGAAAUAUUUAGGAAGGUUUCCCACAAUUUACUAAACAUAACAGCAAACAGCGAUAAUUUGGAAAUCUUUAAGGAUGUCAUGUUAAUAUUGCUGACACAGUCUUUAAUAAUGUGUGAUUGAAAGUCUCUUGGACUGACUCUGGUCACCAUCCACACAUACAUACACACACACAUAUAUGGAUCUUGACAUGUGUGGCCAAGGUGGCAUGGCACAUGAGCACAAUCACCUAACAUUAAAAAAAAAAAAAAAAGAAAAAAAAAGAAAGAAAAGGAGUAA